CCUCUAUCCAAUGCUUUGCUCAUGAGGCUGCAGUUCUAUUUGGGAAGUUGGCAGCUCGCGACAAGCUCUUUACUCUCACGCUCGCAGUUCGACUCUGGAAUUAUGAGCAGAGCUGGUCAAACCUGUACCUUGUUUUGAAAUGUAUUCCCAGAGAAUUGAGACCAUGGAGAUUGGCAUCCGUAUCCUCAUUGUGUUCCUCGUCUCACAGGUUGUCCAUAUUGGAGCCCAGAAGGAGGGGGAGGAGGGAUGUGUGCCUGGCUUCCAGGUGAAGGAGUACCAGGUGGAGUACAACGGAGGUUUCCAGAAGGACCAUCCUCUCACACAAGUGUUCUUUGAUGACUGUGCGGGGAAUGAGGGCUUGGCGUUCGAGGUGUCCCACCCGGACUUCCAGGUGGACGAGGAGAUGAACCUGGUGGCCAGACGAGACGUGAUGGACAGCGGCACUGUCAUGUUUAUCCACGGGGUCAACGAGCAGGCUGAUGACAUGGCACAGGUGGACAUUGUCGGAGCUCCACCUAGAUCUCCUCAAACACUCAGGGAGAUCCUUGGCCUUGGACAGAUCCAGCCCUACAGAUCGAAGAGAGCCUUGUUCGCCCCUCGCAUGCAUGUCAAUGAGAACAUGGAGCCGCCCUUCCCCAAAGUCAUUGGCACGGUGAUUUCGCCGGGGAUGGAGAAUGACCACAUCUUCCAUAUGACUGGGUCCGGUGCUGACCAGGACCCCAAGGGUGUGUUCACCAUCAACAGGGUGACCGGAGAGGUGUCCGUCAGCCAAGAGCUCGACAGAGAGGCCAUCAGAUCCUACACGCUGGAGGUGUCUGUGACAGACCUGAGUGGGAAGCUGGUGGAGGGUCCUGUAGCCCUGCUGGUGGACGUCAACGACCAGAAUGACAACAGGCCCAUCUUCAAGGAGACCCGCUACGCUGGGGAGGUGCUGGAGGGCUCACCUACAGGAACGGUGGUGAUGACGAUGACAGCAGAGGAUGCUGAUGACCCCAGGUUGCAGAACGCGGUGCUACGUUACAACAUCGUGAGGCAGUCGCCCGAUAAACCCUCGCCCAACAUGUUCUACAUCAACCCAGAGAGCGGCAACAUUGUCACUGUGAUCUCCCCCACGCUGCUGGACAGAGAGACGCUGCCCACCACGCAGUACGAACUGGAGAUUGUAGCCCAAGACAUGAAGGGAAGAGACGUGGGACUGACCGGAACAGCCACGGCAACCAUCACCAUCACAGACAAGAACGACCACGCCCCAGAGUUCACCCACUCACUGUUCCAGGCCAAUGUGGACGAGGGCUCCACAGGUGUGGCUGUCAACCUGACGGUGGAUGACAGAGAUGACCCAGCGACGGGGGCGUGGCGAGCUAUUUACUCCAUCAUCAACGGUGACCCCACUCAGAACUUCGAAAUCCAAACCAACCCCGACAACAACGAGGGCAUGCUCUCUGUUGUCAAGCCUCUGGACUAUGAGAGUGUAGUGUUCCACACGCUGCUGAUCAAGGUGGAGAACGAGGACCCCCUGGUGCCAGAUGUGGGCUACGGCUCCAGCUCUACGGCCACCGUACACAUCACUGUCCUGGACGUCAACGAGGGGCCCGUCUUCUUUCCCGACCCCCUCCAGGUCACUAAGAUGGAGAACAUCCCCCUGGGAAGUUUUGUGGCCUUGCUCAACGCCACCGACCCAGACGUUCUCCAAUCACAGAGCAUCAGGUUUGCGGUCCUGAGAGACCCGGCUAACUGGCUCAGCGUGAACCCGGUCAGAGGCACGGUGAACACCUCCGCCAAUCUGGACCGCGAGUCGCCUUACGUUCACGACAACAAAUACACCGCCAUCUUUAUGGCCACAGACAAUGGUAGUCGCCCAGCCUCUGGUACUGGCACUCUGGUCAUCCACCUGGAGGACUACAAUGACAAUGCUCCCUACGUGCACCCAUCUGUGGUACGGGUGUGUGAAGACACCAAGGACAGUGUGGUGAUCGUGGGGGGAAGGGACAGGGACAUCCACCCCAACGCUGGGCCCUUUAAGAUCGAGCUGGGGAAGCAGCCAGGGCUGGAGAAGACGUGGAAGGUCUCCAGGGUCAACAACACACAUGCCCAGAUCAUGCUGCUACAGAGUAUGAAGAGGGCCAACUACCAGUUACCUCUGGUGGUGACAGACUCUGGCCUGCCUCCACUCUCCAACAGCACCGAGAUCAAGGUCCAAGUGUGCACCUGUAAGAAGAACAGAAUGGACUGCAGCAGUGCUGACUCUGUAUGCUCCAACCUGAUGAUGCUGCUGGCUCUAGUCCUGCUCUCCCUAUUCUGCCUGUAAAUUGUGAUGAAACCUACUGUAGUCCACUUGCAACACUGAAGAGAAACAACAUAUCUCACCUACGCCAUCAAGCCUAAGGAGAGAAGACCUCUCACCAUAACUAAAACAACUAGCAAACAAUUACACAAAAACACAAUUCAGACUGGCCCUCUGUGGUAUUAAGCUUCGUGGGUUUCCCCACAUUAUCUUACCCAGCCCCCCCCCCCCCCCCCCCCCCCCAUUCCACACCAGCUUUUAGUUACCUCCCUUCACCUCUACCCCACCCCUCUCUCCGUCCACUACCGCCCCUAGCUCUGUUCCACCUCCCCUGAACAGUUGUCCUUGCCACUGGUCUUCUCCCUCGCCCAUCCUUCUCCCACCCCUCGCCCGCCCGUCUCCUCCGUCCAUCUCUGUGGGUUCUGUUGUCACGGACACCACCGCCUGAAUGGACUCUUUUGCUGGGCAAGGAAACACUGCAUAGUCUGAGCUACUGGAUACUGGAUGGGGAACAGCAUUGACUUUUUGAUGUAUUACUUUAUUUUCUCGUCACAGACGAGUGUAUUUGAUCUUGUUUCCUACUGUAAUGAGAGAAAAAAAACUGUUUUUGUCUGCAGUGGUUGUGGUUAGGGCAAGGUGGUAGCCAUAAGCCUUCUCAAGUCAGAAGUUUCUGGAGUCUUUUUUGAUUCGUUCUGUUUCUAUUGCAUUAGUUGUCAUGGAGUGGAAAACAAUAUAUCUUUAUAGUAACGGUGUGAAACUUACAAAAAAGUACACUAUAUAUAUUUUAUUUUUUACCAUUGUACAAAUAUAUUAAUUAACUUAUGUAUUUGGACUGCCGGCUCUCAAUUACCCCCACAGAAAAAAGAGAAACAUUUUUGUGGACUUUAGGCACUAUUUCUAAUGCUAUCGAUGUGUUUUACUAUUUUUAAUGUACAUCUCCAGUUUUUUGAGAAUCUGUGAUUAAUUUUAAUCUGGAGUCUUGAAUUGCUUUGCUGAUUAGAAAUCUGUCUGCCUUGUGUUACAUGGUUUUGUUUCUCUGACACUAGUACCGCCUCCCCCUGAGUCACACAAAGAGGUCAAGGAAGGCUAGUGAAUUGGUGGUUCGUUUUUUUGCACUCGUAAAAAAAAUGGUGUGUGUGGGUUUGUGUGGAAGACCCCAUGAGUCACGAUAAAGCAAGAAAAAUGUGACAUUUUGAGUGAGUUAUGUCUGUCUUUUGCACUAAUUUAAUAAAGCCGUUACUGUAAUUCCCA